AUGGCGACGGCAAUGGCUCUGCUCCGUCUCGCGGCCCUCGCCGGCGCCGUCGCGCUCCUCCUGCCGGGCGCCUCCGUGGCCCGCAUCCUCCUCUCGCUCGACGACUUCGGCGCCGUCGGCGACGGCAUUGCCGACGACACGCAGGCCCUGGUGGACGCAUGGACGGCGGCCUGCGCCAGCACCAACGGCCACGUGGUCAUCCACGUGCCCGCCGGCAGGUCGUACCAGAUCUGGCCGGUGACGCUCGCCGGGCCCUGCAGGGACGAGAUCAUGCUCUUCGUCUCCGGGAACAUCAUCGCGCCGGACAGCCCGGAGGACUGGGAGCGGCGCGACGGCGGCAGGUGGCUCCACUUCUUCCAGGUGCAGGACCUGACGGUGAGCGGCGGCGGCGUCAUCGACGGCCGCGGGCAGGAGUGGUGGGCGCAGGCCUGCAAGGGGAGGCACCGCAACGACAAGCAUUGCACAGCGCAGGAUGCUCCCAAGGCGCUGCACUUCGAGGAGUGCCACGGGGUGCGGGUGCAGGGCGUGACGCUGCAGAACGGGCAGCAGCAGCACCUGACCUUCACCCGCUGCUCCAACGCCAGGGCCAGCUUCCUCAGGGUGGCCUCGCCGGAGAGCAGCCCGGGCACCGCCGGCAUCCACCUUGUCAACUCCAUCAGCGUCCACGUCAACGACAUCCACAUCGCCACAGGAGGCGCUUGCGUGUCCAUGGUGGGCAACUGCACAGACGUUCGCCUCAGAUACAUCUCCUGUGGGCCUGGCAAUGGCAUCAGUAUUGGGAGCAUAGGCGAGACCCCGGUGGCUGACAGGUUGGAGAAGAUCGAGGUCGACACCAUGUUCAUCGCCAACACCUCCAACGGCCUCCUCAUCAAGACCUGGCAGGAUAGUUGCGGCUACGCGCGCAAGGUGAAGUUCGCCAACGUGGUGAUGAAGAACGUCUCCGACCCCAUCAUCAUCGACCAGUACCGCUCCGAGCACCCCAUACCCUGCGGAUCGACCGCGGCGACGAGGACGGUAGCGGUGGAGAAGAUCGACUACGUGAACAUCGCCGGCACGUCGGCGUCGAAGCGGGCGGUGACCUUCUCGUGCAGCGACGUCGUGCCGUGCAGGCAGGUGUCGCUCAAGGACGUGAACCUGAAGCGGCUCAGCGGCCGCGGCGCCUCUGCCUACUGCCGCAGCGCGUCCGGGAAGGCCGCCGGCGUCGUCGUCCCGGAGUCCUGCCUCGCCGGAGCCAGGGCCGCUGGCGACGAGGAGGAGUGA